AUGAAGUCGUUCGUCUCUCACUUCGUCGCCGCCAUUGCGUUGGCCGGCGUUGGCCUCGGUCUCCCAGCACCGGCGCCAGCACCUACGCUGGUACCAGAGCCUGAUAAGACUGAACGAGAUGCUUUGAUCAAGACAACUGUCGCCAUUCCUGCAGGCACAGUCGUUGGAUCGGUCGGUCUUGUCGAAAACUUUGGCGGCAUUCCCUUCGCCAAGCCACCUGUCGGAUCUCUGAGGUUAAAGCCACCGGUAAGGCUGACCUCGUCGUUUGGCACCAUUGAUGCGACCGGUUCGGGACCAUCGUGCCCCCAAAUGUUCUUCUCAACAGACGACAGUGAGCUAUUAACAUCAGUUCUGGGGAACCUGCUGAAUACUCCGCUCUUCCAGACUGUCACAGGUCAAACGGAGGAUUGUUUGACAAUAAGAGUUCAAAGGCCUGUUGGUACAAAAGCCAAUGCCAAGCUUCCUGUCUUACUGUACAUCUUUGGAGGUGGCUUCGAGCUGGGAAGUCCUCAGAUGUACGAUGGUACUGGCCUACUGCUCAACGGCAUAGUCAUGGGCAAGCCAUUCAUCUUUGUCACGGUCAACUACAGGGUUGGCGGUUUCGGAUUUUUGCCUGGAAAGGAAAUUCUUGCCGAUGGAUCCGCCAAUCUGGGACUUCUCGAUCAAAGGAUGGGACUGGAAUGGGUUGCUGAUAAUAUUGCUGCCUUCGGUGGUGAUCCUGCCAAGGUCACUAUCUGGGGAGAAAGUGCUGGUGCCAUCAGCGUCUUUGACCAGAUGGCCUUGUACGAUGGAGAUAAUACGUACAAUGGAAAGCCUCUCUUCAGGGGUGGCAUCAUGAACAGCGGCAGCGUAGUCCCGGCCGACUUUGUGGACUGCGACAGGUGUCAAGGUGUCUAUGAUACAGUGGUUGAAAAUGCCAAUUGCGCAGGGGCUACGGACACGCUCGAGUGUCUUCGCGAGGCUGACUAUGAUACGUUCCUCAAAGCCACGAACAGCGUUCCUGGCAUCCUAAGUUACACCUCCGUUGCCUUGUCAUAUGUUCCUCGACCGGACGGCAAGGUAUUGACUGCGAGCCCUGAUAUCUUGGUAUCGAGUGGAAAGUACGCAGCAGUUCCCAUGAUCAUAGGAGAUCAGGAAGAUGAAGGCACACUCUUCGCCUUGUUCCAGCCAAACAUUACAACCACGGACGAGUUAGUCGACUAUCUUCUCACAGUGUUCUUCCGGGAUGCGACAGAGGCAGAAAUCCGCGGCCUCGUCGCCACAUACCCGGACAACAUCACGAUGGGUAGUCCCUUCAAUACCGGCAUCUUGAACAGCGCCUAUCCACAGUUUAAACGCCUUGCCGCGAUCCUUGGAGACUUGGUGUUCACGCUGAGCCGUCGUAUCUUCCUGAAGGGAACCAAUGCGAUGAACCCUGACGUCCCCUCGUGGUCGUACCUCUCGAGCUACGAUUAUGGCACGCCGAUUCUGGGUACCUUCCAUGGCUCUGAUAUCCUACAAGUCUUCUACGGCAUCUUGCCUAAUUAUGCGAGUGCCGCCUUUGCGAGUUACUACAUAUCCUUUCUUUACAACCUGGAUCCUAACAAUGGCAGUGGAAUCCUGCCAGACUGGCCACAAUGGAGUGAAAAGCAGCAGUUGAUGCAAUUCUCAAAUAUUGCUAGCUGGGUUACAAAUGAUGAUUUCAGAAGUGAAAGCUACGAAUACAUUGCGGACAAUAUUGAUGUGCUUUAUAUCUAG